AUGUCGUUGUUUUUGGGCUCAAGCUCGCAAUAUUCAUAUGCCAGGGUAGACCCUGAAAAGAUUAGGCUAGCGACGAUCCAAUUCCAGGCCAUGGCUGCAACAUUCAACAAGGUGCUUAGUACAUGUGAGGCAAAAUGCUUAGUUCACGAGUAUGGUGAAGGAGAGUUGACCAAGGGAGAACUGGAAUGUAUUGAUCGGUGUGUUUCCAAGUACGUCAAAGCCAAUAAGGUUGUUGGUGAACAGAUACAGAGCCAAAGAGUGGAUCCGUACAAUCGGAUGCCUGCUUUUAUAAAAGUACAGCAGAUUUUGAGUGAAAGUCGACGAAGUUGA